AUGAAGCUGUCAGUGUUGUUGCUGCCGGCCCUGCUGGCUCUGUCCUCAGCCAGUCUGCAGGACAUUGUGAAGAAGAGCGCACAGCACAGAAAAGAUAAAGUUCCCUUUUUGAACCCAGAUCUAGGGAACAGGAUCCCUCAAAUCCCCGCCAAUGGGUCUGUGUUGCCUCCUCUGACUCCUGCUAAAUUUGAGAAGAGGCUAGGUCAGUCAUCCUCCUAUAUGUUUGGUGGCUCCAGCCUGGAAUGGCAGACCACGUAUGGCACUGUCCCAUCUGGUGCUUUUUAUAUUUACAACGAAUAUGUUGGCGGACGCGUCGACUAUGUAUGCAAAUAUCGGUGUUCCUCUGGCUUCUACAACCCCAGCAUGGGUCCGUACUGUCACUACCCCUUGUCAGGGAAAGAGAAUCGAGGCCGCCCAUUUGAGAUCUUGGUAAACAAGGGAGGCAUUGAGGAUUUAUACUGGCAAGAUGACUCCUGGGGGGAUGUGCCUCCCAAUUCAGUCAAGACCUGUCCUGGCCUAGAUCUGUAUGUAGGGAAGAACAAGUACGGUCUUGGGAAGGUGCACCAGUCAAAUGGGGCCUUCUUCCUUCCCUGGCAGGGUGACGAGUAUUGGUACAAGUACUACCAAGUUCUGAUCAUCAACAAAAAUGUACGCAGUGAGCACAUGUCAAAUGUCAAAUACAACACCAAUGUUGAAACCGUUGCACUUCCUCCAGAGAUUGUGACCACGUCCGACAUAGCAAACAAUGAGUGUAGCUCAGUUGUGAAAACGGUUGAGCUCUCAGGAACAUAUCAGGAAGAGAAAAGGUGGGACACCAGCAUUGCCACCACAGUCGGUGUCAGCAGUACCAUCACUGCCCAAAUUCCAUUCAUCAGCGCAAGUAUUGGGUUCAGUGCUGAGACAACAGAGGAAUUUUCCAGUGGAAGCACCAAGGUAACCUCGAAAACCCGCUCUGUCUCUGUGGAGGUAACUGUCCCACCAAACCACUCCUGCAGUGUCAGUAUGGUAGGACAUAAGUACAAGGCAAGCAUCCCAUUCACAGCUCAUCUUACGCGCACCUACGGCAAUGGGAGGACCAAACUGGCAUAUGUCAGUGGAGUGUUCCACGGUGUCAACGUAGGACGAGUCCAGUCUGUUGUGGAUCGCUGUGAACCUGUACCCAAUGCUCAGCCCUGCUCUGAAUAA